AUGAGUCCCGAAAUCAUGGCAGUUUCUUCGGCCAGGUCGAAAGACGUGAUUGAACGAUGCAACGACUCGUUCCAAGCUCAUCUCGAAGCAAUAGGCGACAUGAUUCGGGUAGAGAUCCGCGCUCUUGAGAAAGCACGCGAUGAUACUCUCCGCAGCAAGAUGCACGACCAAAAGAACCCAAUGGCCUUUGCCUUUGAGAUGGACCGCCUCUGCCAGGAGAGCUCCGAGGCACUUCUUCGCCUGCUGAGGCCAGAGCUCCACAAGGCCAUCGAGAACCUCAUGGAUCAGCUAGUUGCCGAGACUCUGAUUAGCGAGACUGUUGGUCCAAGACGACUGUUGACUCCGCCGACGCCAACUUCAAGUCGAAUGCUACCUGGCCCUCCUGCUUCAGAAAACCCAUUGCAGCCAAGAGCACCCGUGGCCAACAUGGAUAGCGAUAUCCUCUCACCUCUAAACCGGGCUCGCUCAGUCACGAUGCCUGCCUUUGACCAUCCUCCUGUGCCAGGCAGUACAAUUUCUGUUUCGUCCGUAAUCUAUCCGAGCCCGACUCAGACGGAGCGUACAGCUGCUCGCAAAACACCUCCAGCGCCGACACCUUCGACACCUACAAAUCCGCAAUCCAAGCGCGCAGGAGCUGAUGCCAUUUCAACCACGCCCAGCAAGAGGGCCAAGACUUCUACCACGGAAAAGCCACCACCCAAGGUCACAACUCCAUCAAAAAAGACGGCAGCCUCGUCGACAACCCCCCAGACGCCGGCAUCCCGCGGCAGAAAGUCAGACGGCGCAAAGAAAGCGUCUCGUGUCGUGAAUAACCAAGAUGAUGAUGACGAGUACCAGCAGUCACAGUCUUUAUCCGACGCUGAGUUGAAUUCAGAGUUUCCACCCAUCUCUGAAAUCCGCAGCAAAGAAUUCGCCCACCGAGCCGCAAAGGGCAAGAAACCGGUGUACUUGGAUAAACCUCUCCAGGAUGAUGAAUUUCUCGACAUUUGA